AUGCUGGUAGCAGCAGCAGCAAUGUUUUACGGGGGGUUCAACCCGCGUCUCCGUCGAGCCAAGAGAAGGGGUAGGAGGGGAGAAGCAGCAGCAGAAGUCAGCAACUGCGGCUCGGUUAUAGUGGAGAGAGAACCACCCCCAGAUGAAUUGCACUCGGACACAGAAAAUCAGGGGAAACCACAGAAUGAUGACGCAGCAGCAGACAGCGUGGCUAGGGAGCAGCAGCAGCAGCAGCAGCAGCAGCAACAGCAGCAGCAGCAGCAGCAGCAGAACGAGUCCAAAGAGGCAGAAGCUCAGCAGCAGCAGCAGCAGCAGCAACAGCAGCCGCAGCAGCAGCAGCACCUGCAGCAGCUGCAGCAGUUGCAGCAGCAGUUGCAGCAGCUGCACCUGCAGCAGCAGCAGCAGCAGCAGUUGCAGCAGCAGGAGCAGCAGCAGCAGCAGCAGCAGCAGUUGCAGCAGCAGGAGCAGCAGCAGCAGCAGCAGCAGCAGUUGCAGCAGCAGGAGCAGCAGCUGCAGCAGCAGCAGCAGCAGCAGCUGUUGCUGCUUUUGUAUGUUGUUAGCGGCAGAAGAAAAUAG